AUGAUACUGGUGCAGGAGCCGUACAUCAGCAAACAGGGAAAGUCCAGAGCUACACAAGGCUGGAUAACUGUGUAUCCAACAGGACAUAAUCAGGAUCCCUCACAGACGAGGGCGGUAACCCUUGUUAAUCGAGCCAUCUCUACUAACUCUUGGUCUAGCAUACCAUUGAUUACCCAAGAUGCUGUUGCCAUCAAUUUGCGAGCACCAGCGGAAUCCAUAAUCAUCGUCAAUGUCUAUAGCGACGGUGGUUCCACAGCAAUCUGGGAAACUAUUAACAAACUUUUCAGAGAA